AUGGCGGAGCAAGUGAGCGUCGUCUCCGAGCAGGGCUACCAGCACCUCUCAAAAAAAGAAAUUAAUACUCCUGAGCUAGAGUCCCCUGAGAUAGAGGACAAAUUGCCACACGACGCAAAAGCAACAGAAUUAUCGUCGUCUGACGAGGGUGACGCAGCCGGGUUCCAAGGCGACGACAAGGAAGAAUACGUCAAGGGACAUCCCGUCAUUCGCAAUGGCUUGGAUGUAUCCAAAUUCCUGGUUUCGACUCGCGACGAUGGCGACCCUUCGCUGACAUUCCGCUCUAUUGUCCUGGGGACCCUGUUUACGGCUCUGUCCAGUGUGAUCACCAUGCUCUAUACUUUCAAGCCGUAUCAGGUGCAAGUCUCUGCUGUCUUUCUGCAAUUGUUGGUCUUCGUGUUUGGGGAACUUUGGGCCGUCCUCACACCGAGCCCCGAUCGCUUCAACUCGAAAUGGCUGCAGGCGACGCUCCGGUUUUUAAACUUUGGGCAAAAGUUCCAGAUUAAGGAGCAUGUUAUUGCAUCACUGAUUGCAUCUUCCGGCAACAACGGCCUAAGUGGCAUCGAAGUUUUCGCCGUCGAACGACUCCUAUACGAUAAGGUUAUCUCUGCAUCGACCGCAGUACUUGGGACAUUUUCGAUCACAUUGUGCGGAUUCGUGCUAGCAGGGCUUCUGAGGCCGCUGAUUGUAUAUCCUGCAGAGAUGGUUUACUGGUCGACCCUGCCACAGGUUAUCCUCUUCCAAAGCCUCCAUUUCGACCGUAAGGCCAACAAGGCGCGCCUCAAGAAGUUCGUCUAUGCUCUCACGGGCUCUGCUAUCUGGGAAUUAUUCCCUGCGUACAUUAUUCCCUGGGUAGGGGGCGUUUCGAUCUUCUGCCUGGCGUCAAUGGGCGCUCCAACAAGUACUCGAACCACAUUCUCCAACAUCUUCGGGGGUGCCUCCUCGAAUGAGGGCAUGGGACUUUUAAAUUUCUCCUUUGACUGGCAGUAUAUUCAGAGCGCCUACUUGUCUUUCCCACUCAAGCAACAGUUUAACACCUGGAUUGGUUACCUAAUAUGGUACCCAGCACAACUGGGGCUGUACUACAGCAACAAGUUCGAUGCGAAGAAAUAUCCGUUCAUGUCAACGGCCCUCUAUGCAAGCAACGGGACCACUUUCUCCACGGUCAACGUCCUGAACGACCAUGGGAUUGUGGAUGAGGCUAAAUUGCAUGCUAUCGGGCUACCCCACUUGACAUCAAGUACGAUCUGGGGAUUCUUUACUCAGAACCUAGGCAUUGGGGCACUCAUCUCCCACGUGCUCCUCUUCUACGCUAAAGAUAUGGCUCUUGCAUGGAAGCAAGCACGAAGUCGCAAGCAGCCUGAUCCUCAUUACCAAGGAAUGCUCAAAUACAAAGAAGUCCCGCUGUGGUGGUACCUUGUGCUAGCGAUCUUGAGCAUCGUCGCGGGGAUUAUCGUCAAUGCCAAAGGCGAAACCACUCUUCCGGUCUGGGCAUAUAUCGUUGCGUUAAUUCUCGGAGCGUUUAUCGCACCCUUCUCCUGCAUUCUGUACGGUCUUUACGGCACUGGGGUUUCCACGAACCAGAUAUCGAAGAUGGUGGCUGGUGCCGUUGUGCCCGGCCGCCCGCUCGCAGGUCUGUACUUUGCCAGUUGGUCUCACCAGGUCAUCCUGCUCGCCGUCAACCUCGCAAAUUGGCUCAAAGUCGGACAGUACACGAAAGUAUCCCAUCGGGUCAUGUUUGCCACCCAGAUCUACGGCACUCUUCUCGGUGCUGCCCUCAACUACGCCGUGAUGAUCACUAUCGUGACUAACCAACGCGAAAUCCUCCUCGAUCCUAAAGGGAACAGCGUCUGGAGUGGCUCUCUUAUCCAGUCGCUGAAUUCACAAGCUACCACGUGGGCCCUGGCAAAGGAUAUGUAUAGCUUGCACGGCGAUUACUUCAUCGUCCCGCUCGGACUCCUGAUCGGAUUCGCUCUGCCCUUCGUGCAUUGGGGCCUCAAUCGAUUAUUUCCGCUGACGCGCAAAUGGCCCAUCAAUACGCCUAUUAUUGCGAUUAUGCCGGGACGUAUUACUAUGGUCUGGCUUCGGCGACGGCACCCGGGGAUUUACAAUAAGUACAAUUAUCUGAUCGGCGCGGCGCUUGAUGGCGGUUCCCAGAUCGUUAUCUUUAUUCUGUCGUUCGCUGUCUUUGGCGCGGGCGGCAAGCCCCGACCUUUCCCCACGUGGUGGGGAAACCCCCAGCGAUAA